AGUUGAAAGCAGCAGAGUCUGAGUGCGUCGAGACUCGAUCUCUCACGAGCAUCUCUGGUGGAGGAUUGGGACGACGAGGCUUGAGACAGGGACGUGCUUCCCACCUUCCCAUGCGCACGCGGCCCUACACGCGAGCAAUGAGACCGAAAGAAGAGGAAAAGGGCAAACUCCCGUUUCUGCCCUCCUCUGUGUGAGAAGAUCGGCGUGGAAUUCUGUUUUAGGUAGUAGAUGUUGAAGGUUCUUCUUGCCUCCUUCCUUGUCCAUCAUGUAGACCAAACCCAAUUCCCUCCUCCCUCUGCCUCGCCUCUUCCGGUGGAUGACAUACAAACUGACUCCGAGCUGCUUCCUCUUGCUCCCACCUUCCUCCUCGAUCUUCUCCAAAGAAGAAGCUUCUCUCAGUUUGCGUCCCUUCUAGUAUGGUGUACAGAUGAGUGGAAGAGAUAGAAGCAGCAGCAGGAAAAGAGGAGUCGAAGGAGAGAGAGACUUUCCUUCGUCUUCUCCAAAGAAGAAGCUUCUCUCAAGUUUGCGUCUCUUCUAGUAUAGUAUACAGAGAAGAGGAAGAGAUAGAAGGAAAAGGGAGAUAGAGAGAGAGAGAGAGAGGGAAAGAGAGAAUUUGUUAAAUCUUCAGAAGCUUUUCUCAGUUUGCCUCUCUUCUAGUAUAUUGUACACAGAAGUGGAACGCAUAAAAGCAGUAGGAAGAGAGAGAAAGAGAGAGAGAGAGAGAGAGAGUUGUAGGUUGGUAGAUCUGGUGCUUUAAGCUGACAAGAUGUCGAACCCCUGGUGGGCGGGGAACCUGGGCCUUCCCAGAGUUGAACCGGCGUCCUCCGGUCGCAAAAAGCUGGAGGACGAGAUGCAGCCCAAGGGAACCGAGCCCUUCGGCUCCCGAGCAGACGACGAGGACGACCGCGACAACAACGACGACCCCAAAGAGGGGGCGGUGGAGGUCGGCAGCCGCCGCCCCCGCGGGCGCCCCCCUGGAUCAAAGAACAAGCCGAAGCCGCCGAUCUUCAUCACCCGCGACAGCCCCAACGCACUCCGCAGCCACGUGAUGGAGGUGGCCGCCGGGGCCGACGUAGCCGACUGCAUCGCGCAGUACGCGCGCCGCCGGCAGUGCGGCGUCAGCGUGCUCAGCGGCGCCGGUGCAGUCGCCAACGUCACGCUCCGCCAGCCCGCCGCACCCGGCUCCGUCGUCGCCCUGCAUGGCCGCUUCGAGAUCCUGUCGCUCACCGGCACGUUCCUGCCGGGUCCAGCCCCGCCGGGGACCAGCGGCCUGGCCGUCUACCUCGCCGGCGGUCAGGGCCAGGUGGUCGGUGGCACCGUCGUGGGGUCGCUCAUCGCGACGGGGCCUGUCAUGGUGGUCGCCGCCACGUUCGCUACCGCUACCUACGAGAGGCUGCCACUCGAGGAGGAAGACGAAGCCGCAGGCGCCAACGCCGGAUUGCCGAGCUCACUCACGGGUGGGUUGCCCGAUCCAUCGUUGCUCAACAUGUACAGCUUGCCGCCGAAUCUAAUGCCCAACGGCGGGCAGCUCGGCCACGACGCGCUCGCGUGGGCUCAUGCGCGCCCCCCGCCAUACUAGUUUAGCAGGAGGACGACGAAAGAGAAGCUUCUCUUUGCUUCCAUGGUGUAUGACGGUAUUCCUUGGAGCUUUUGGCUUCUGUUUCCUCGGAUGUGGUGGCGUGCAACGAUGGUGUUGGUGGCAGCUUAGAUGCCCUUACUAGCUUAGCAUAGCCUACAAUUACGUUGUACCAUAGCUAAUAAGCAGGAGAGAUUGGGAAAGCUGGAAGAACAGCUGCUGCUGCUGCUGCUGCUGCUUCAAGGUCUGUCUCGAGCAACUCUUUGAUUAAGCUAUGAAACCAUGGUGGAUGCCACCAUUGUAUAGUUUGAUAUGCAAAACAGGAAUCACUUGAGAACUA